GACCUCCCUGCCCGCCCUCAGGAGGAUGAGCAGUGAGAAGCAGGGCCCCAAAGCAGCGUCAGGAAAGAGGCAGCCAUCCCCCCCGGGCGCCGAGCCCAGAGCCACUGCUGGGCCAACCCGGGAGGACCAGGCGGCCACCGUCAUCCAGUGCACUUUCCGGCGGCACCUGGCCAGGAAGGAGCUGGCCCUGCGGCGGCAGAAGCACGAGGAGUACCUGGAGCAGAUGGAGAAGCUGCAGAGAGAGGCCUUCCUGGCGCUGGUGCAACGCGAGCGGGAGGUGGUGCGGCGCCGGCGGGAGGCGGAGGCAGAGGCGGAGCGGCGGCGGCAGGAGGAGCGGCGGCGCCAGGAGCGCCUGCUGGACGCAGCCUUCGAGGGGAACCUGGCGGAGAUCCUGGCCGUCCUGCGGGAGGUGGAGGAGCUGCUGACGCGCGAGGGCGUGGGCCACGAUGAGGCGGGGCUGGCGCGGCGGCGGCAGCGGCGGGUGGCCCUGCUGGAGUGCGAGGACUCGGGCGGGAACACGCCGCUGUCCGAGGCGGCCGUGGGCGGGCAGCCCCGGGCCAUCCAGCUGCUGGCGGAGCAGGGCGCGAGCCCCAACUGCAAGGGCGCCUUCGGGCGGACGCCGCUGUACAGAGCCGCCUUCGGGGGCCACCUGGAGGCCGUGGAGGUGCUCCUGAAGCUGGGAGCCGACCCCCGCGUGUACGCGGACGACGGGAGCACCCCCGCGCAGGUGGCCUCGCUGGACGCUGUGGUCAGCGUGCUGCAGGCCUGGGACCUGAGCCUCACGGAGGCCAUGCUCCAGAACAUGGAGGCCGAGCGGCAGCGCCGGGCGCAGGAGGCCGAGCAGCACAAGGAGGCGGAGGCUAAGCGCCUGAACCUCAAGGUGCAGCAGCUGGCCAAGGAGCAGCAGCGGUGCCACAAGGAGCUGCACCAGGCCUACUGCGAGCUCAACCGCAGGAUCGCCGAGCACGAGAAGUGCGAGCGGAGGCCCGCGGGCAAGGCCCAGCUCACGCUGCAGGCCGUCAGAGACGCGGAGACGCAGGUGGACCGGCUGCGGCUGGAGGCCCGGAAGGCGGAGGAGACGCUGGCCCUGGCGAGGCUGGAGCUGCGGGAGCAGACCCAGGAGGGGGAGGAGGAGGUGCCGGGGCUCAAGUGCCAGGUCACCGAGCUGCACGACGUGCUGAUGAAGGACGUGGGCGACCGCAUCCGCGCCGACGGCCGGUGGCCUCUUGUCAUCGACCCCUCAGGCCAGGCGGCCACCUUCCUGCGCUACCGGGACACCAACUACGUGGACACGGUGAACCCCGACCACCUGCAGCCCGAGAGGAUCCGGCUGGCGCUCCUGGGGGCGCUCAGGUAUGGGAAGCCGCUGGUGUUCGAUCUGCGGGAGAUGGACCUGUUCCCCGCGGUGCAGCGGCAGCUGGAGGCGGUGCAGCAGGGCCUGGCGCAGGAGCUGCUGAGCCGCAGGCUGCUGGAGCAGGACCGCUACCUGUCGCUGCUGAGGCCCACGGACGGGCCGGAGUACGGCCCCACCCAGUUCCAGGAGGCCCGCCUGGAGCAGUUCCGCCUCUUCUUUGUCACCCAGGUGCGGUGGCCCCCGGCCGAGCAGCUGCAGGCCCUGCUCCCCGUGCAGGUGCAGCUGCCCAGCGAAGGCCCUUAGCAGCGGCACCAAUAAAGCAAAGCCCUGGA